AUUGCUAGCUCCCAUCAGGACACUUGUUAACCACCUUCGGGUGAUGCAGGAGCCAUUAGAGCUGCGAACUUCCCGGCUUUCAUCCCGGCGUUCAGCAUCCCUGCAUCGUAGCAUGUUAAUUUUUCUUUUCUCGGUCGGGUGGAUAAAAUGAAUAAUGGGGCGCUUGGAUCCUUGCCCCCUGACUUGGUGAGCAGCCCACAUCUGAAGGCAAUCCCCGGCUUGAUGGAGGGCUGGUUGCUGGUUGCUGCAUCUGAAAGGAAACGAAGCGAGAGUGCGGUCAUGUUUGAAAAGAUGCGGGGUUUUGUUGUUAUUGUUCUUCCCUGGCAAAUAAUGUGAAUUUUGUAGAAGCAUGAGGUGUUGAGUGUGUGUCUAAAAGUGAUUGGAGUCUGUGAAAUCUAUGGAAAAACCUGUCUAAAACAAUCUCUUCUCUGUAAAGAGUGAGACAUCCUCCUAUCUGAUUUGUGAAUCUCAUUGAUAUCCUUUUUGUCCAUUUAUCAGCCUGCCCAACAACACUAGCCUGAAGGUACCUCAAGCAAUAAGAGCCCCGUUAACAAGGGGGACAACUGGAUUCAGCUGAUGCUUUUGGGCCAGCAUCUCUCCCAUUUGCUUUUGUCCCCCCCCCCGGCUCUCCCCACUUUCCAUCUGGGAGCCAAGUGCCCAUGCUGUAUCCAGAGAGGAGCAAAGUGUGACAGAAGUGCAUCUGGUUCUGAAGGUGUACAGGUGCAAGGUUGUCUGUAGCCAUGGUGUUGUGUCUGCAUGGUGAGAGCAUGGGCAGGAUCAGGCAGUAAGAUUUACUUUGGUGCUGUUGGUUUGGGGAUGGAAAGUGCACAUGCCCUUGGAGACCCUUGGAGGAAUCUUGGUUUGGUUGGUUUGCAAGCACCAGCUUGCUGGCUGGGAGCUGGUGCCCUGAGGUUGGUGAUGCAGGGAAGAACCCCAGAGCGACACAGGGUAAUACUGUGGCAGGGCACUCACAGCAGCCAGCUGCAGUUUUCCUGGUCCAGUUGCGUUUUCUGAUCUUCUCUUCCCUAAUCCACUGAGCUCUGUGGGAGUCGUCUCUGAAGUAUCUCCAAAGUUGUUAGCUGCAGAUAGCUACUGACUGAGCACAAUCAGAUCUGGCCGUGCAGGGAGGGGGCACAGGAAUGCAGGAAUGUCUUGCUCCUGGGGCAUUUCCUCCUGGGGAAGGAAGAUGGGAAGGCAUCCUUGUCUGUAAGUAAUCCAAGAGCAAAGCCCUUCUCCCUUUGCAGACAAUGAAUCGUUUCAGCAAGCUGACACUGUUAUUUGUGGCUCCUGGCAGAGCGGAUGCAAGCUUUCUGCCAGGCACUUGCUGCAAUCAGUGCCAGCCCCAGCCCUGCUGCUUGUCUGGCUGGGAGAGAAGCCUUUGUGUGCAGCUGCAGGAACCACAGUGGUGCUUCUGGAUGAAGGACAGUUGUUGUCGGUCCUCUUGGUUACAGUCACCGACUCUGGUCCCUGUAUCACUGAGGGGCGGUUAGUGGGCAUGGUGGGGAUGGGUUGGCGGUUGUGCUUGAUGGUCUUAAAGUCUUUUCCAACCCUAAUGAUUCUAUGAUUUUUAUCUCCAUGCUUUUUUCCAGAGAGAGGAUGUCACUUUGGGAAGGAAACCUUUCCCACCUGGCUCUGCUCUGCAAGGCUGUGAGCAGCUCUUCCAAGACCUCUUCCCCUUCCCCUUGAUCUAAACCUUGCACGAGGCUGGUUCUGCAUGCUCAUUAAACAGGGAAUUAAAUCAUGUAGGAAUGCUGCUUGUUUGAUGUCUUCUCUCUUGCAGAGUUAUGCUUAGAAGUUGAGGCUUUUUAAGUGAUUGUGUGGGCUUUAGCUAAGCUGUGAAGAAAGCCUUGUAAACAAUGAGCCUUUGUGAAGAAGGCAGAAUGAGUAUAAGUUGGUGAUCUUAAAAGCAACUGCAAAAUGAACAGCGGAGGACAGUGUAGAAGACACGUUGGGCUCUUGCUCUGAGCCUCCAGGAUUUGAAGAUGUCUGCGUGCAGUGACUUUGUGGAACACGUGUGGAAGCCUGGCUCCUGUAAAAACUGCUUCAACCCAAAGAGUUCCCAUCGGCUGCAAACACCCCCAGACGUGGGAGCGUGUGGCGUGAUCCCGAAUGGAGGUAGGAGCAAGCCCGAGAGCUCAGCGUUGGAAGACGAAAGCAUAAAUACCUCUGUGUUCUCCAAGCCAACCAUUGCUGUGAAGCCAACUAUGAUCAACUCAGAUGUUUCUGACACGUGGGCGGAUGUGAAUAUGAAUUCAGAUCUGUCACAGGUCGGCUGGGGAAUGGUUUCCGGUAAACACCUCCUUCUGAAGUCAGGCGACUCACAGCGGAUCUGCCUCGAUGGAUUUGGAGCCAGCGGCGUGAGAAAACCCUUCCUGCACAGCCCACCACGUGACUGCCUGUCCUGCUGCACGCCCAGCUAUUCCAUGGUGGGCCUGCGCGGCCUGGAGAGCCACGUGGAGAGGAACGUCUCCAUCCACAGCUUGGUGCUGGUAGGCGAGGUGGGCAAGCAAGAGGAGAGAGCCAAGGAGAAGUCUGCCCUGCCACAUCGACCUCUCUGUCCUAAUCUGGGGGACAGAGGUGUUGUGAGCUCUGGCAGAAACUCUUCACCCUCAGAGGGUGACUGUGGCCGCCUCUGCUCUGGCGUCGAAGGGGAAGGGGGAGAGUACUGUUCGAUUGCAGAGUCCCACAGAGAGAGCCCGGCUCCCCGCAGCUGGAGGCAGAGGGAUGCUGUGGAGCUCUCCAGGCUGAGUAGCAGGGCGGUGAAGUUCAGUGAGGAGGAGCACAGGGCUGUGAACGUGGCCUUCUGCAUAGCGAAAGAGCAGAGCGAUCUGCUCCCCUACACCCUGUGUGCAGAGAGUAAAAAGCUGACCCGUCAGUCUGACUCUGUUGCCCUACCUGAGAGCAGCAGCAAGAUGGCUGCCUCUGCACCGUGCCGGGAGAAGGAUGACUUGCCUCUCCCCAGAGACAUGGAUGGAGGCUCCAGGCCUGAGGGACUGAACGCUCCCCAGCAGGCCUUGGUGGAGCCGCAGCGUGCCCGGCUCACUGAGCCACCCCGUGGGGAUCCCAUCUAUGCAGAGAGCACCAAGAGAAAGAAAGCCCAGCUGAAGGGGGUUGGCGGAUGUGUGGACGCAGAGAAGCUGGCCAGUAGCAAGGAGCAGGCCGAUGGCACGUGGAGGGAUGGGAGCUGGCUGCUGGGUGCUGAAAAGGAGCAGCAGGACUCUACAGCCCAAGUGGCAGCAAAGAUAACGAUUAUGGCUGCGCACACGGAGGAUGACCACAAGACAAUAUUUCUCAGCAGCCCUGACUCUGCUGUGGGUGUUCAGUGGCCAUGUGUCAGCCCUGCUUCCCACCCUGAUUUUGGGACUUCAUCACCCACUGUCGAGCCUGGAGAGACUUUUCAAGCAUCUGGAAGUGAAAAUGCCCCAAGGUUUCACUUGGCAGCUCCUACCAAAAACACAGUUAUGGAGAGCCCAGCCAUCCCCCCAAAGAUGUCCAAAAACAGCCAGCAGGGCAGUGAGGGGAGCCAUGUACUCCCAGUCAGUUCCGCUGUGACAAAGCUUGGUGACACCAGUAGCCAGGAUGGAGCUGGGGCUCAGCUGCUGCCAAAGAACUGUGCGGAUAUAGGUACCUUCAGGACAUCAUCUUCUCCGUGCACUCAUGUUAAUGGGAUUUCUGUGGAAGAGUCCAGCAGAGGCCUGGCAGGCUCACCCUAUGACAGGAGGCAGAAAUACUACACCCCUACGUGGGCCAAGCAGUGCCGGAUAGAGGAAGAGGAGGAAGAAGAGGAAGAGCAGGAGCUCUCAACCCACCAGUGGACAAUGGGAGCUGAGAAUGGAAGAACUGGCGCUGACCUUGUGGAAGACUGCCCAGUGCUGGAGAGUCAGGCUGGGAUCAGCAAGUCAUUGUCUUUCUCCUUUGACUUCCCUAAGGACAAGAGCAAUGGGGUGGAGUUUGCACCACCACCACCGCCACCAAAAAAGCAGUCCAGGUACAGCCCCAUGAGUGUGUGUGUGACUGCUAAGCUUUUGCAAUCGCAGUGAUUUCUGUAGGGCUUGGUUGACCAGCAGGCAAUUAUUGUUCUUUUUUCUUCCCUUUCUGAGAUGGAUUUUCAGGAGUACAGGAGAUGAUGGCAUAGCUGAAAAACUGUCAGAUAUUUGCAAACCCUGGUCUUUCUUGGCUGUAAAUGGCUGCUCUGGGUCACAAGUGAGAGCAAGGUGCAUUCAUUGGACCCCUCUACUGCUUCCCACGUCAGUUUGGUUCUGUCUCAGCAGAAAUCCUUAGUAUUGAGUACAACCUAAACCUGAGGUUACAAGCUCAUCUUAUAGGUGGCAAUGGGCAGCUUCCUUGGUGCUUGUAGCAAGGGCCUCUGAAAUCCUAGUUUUGAAUUUGGCUCUAACAUCUUUUUUGCUUUAAAGGUUAACACUUGAAGCUGUACUUUCCCAGGGAGGGCUCCCUGCCUGCAAGCAAGUAAUUGGAGUUGUCUACCAUGUGUUUAUGAUAUGUGGAGCCACCUGGCUUCAGGGAGCCUUCCCUUUGCUAGAGCUCUCCUGGGAUUCAGGCUUGUGGGCAGGGUGACAUUAGGCACCACAAAAUGUGUGCAGGAAAGCUGUCCAUCUGGGAAGGAAGUCACUCUGCUAAGUACUUAAUAUAGCAGACUUCUGAUACUUAUGCUUCCACAGUUGUAUUAAAAAAAAACAAAACAAAAAACAAACAAAAACAAACAACAAAACAAUAACAACAAAAAACCACCCAGGGAAUAAUUAAAAAAAUCCUUUCUGUACAAUUAAUGAAUUAGGCUGUCUGAUCACAGGGGACUGGGAUAUUUCACAUUCCGCGGGUGUUCUGCAUUUGCUUUAUUGCGUAAUUCAGUUUUGUUACCUGAAACUGUGCACUGCACAGUGGAUUUGACUCCAGCUCCUUGGUUUAAAAGUUGAGCAUUUGGAAAACUUGCUCAUGGGGCCUGCAGUCAGGGUUGUAUGUGGUCAACAACAUCCUUUAGGCUGUGACAGUGUUAGGGUUGGUUUGCUCUCAUACCAGAUUUUCAAGGUCUGGCUAACGGAGGGAACUUUAAAUUGAUUUGAAUUUCCUUUUAACAAAGCAUUUUCAAAUGGUUUAAAAUGACUAAGUAGUGAACAAAUCGGGUUUCUUGAGGGAAAGGGACAAGAUGAAAAAUAGGCUUUAGUUCUUAGUGCUGGUUUUUCUGCUGCAGUGCUACAUGGUGCCUGAUGAAGCCUGAAGGUAAAGAAAAGGUCCACAUACAUGUGAGCACACAGAUGAGCUUUAUUGCCUUUAGAAUCAGCGAUGGCACUGAGAUUUUCUUUAGCUUUGAUCCUACGAACCUUAUUUCACAGCUGCUGCCACUGGAUGCCUUCUAUCAGCUUGUGCUUGAGGUUGGUUGUGUUAGCCUUGUGAGAUGCUGAGGUCCAGUAGAGCUCUGAUGAUGUGGUGCUGUUGAGUGAUCACCUAGGAAAUGCCGACUUACCUGCCAACAGUCCUCUAACACCUGAUUUUCCCUGCAGAGCAGAGGUCACUACGGAGGCCAGAAGAGUGGUGGCCCUGACAGUCAGUGGUUCACACCCCAGCAGUGCCAUCCACUUGAACUGCUAGGAAUUGUGAUCUGUCCUUGUGGGUCUGGAGCAUUUUCUGCUCCUUGGAAGGGUUGUGUCAGGCCCAGUCCACACCAAUUCUAACAGUUGAUUCUGAGUCAUCUUGAAAGCAUCUGUGUGCUAGAAAGAGGACAGGGAAAGUCAGGACAGGGUAUGUGUGGAAUCCAUGGCCGGCAUCUUUUGUAGAGCUAUGGAACAUGCUAUCCGGUUGAGGUAGGUGCUGGCAUUGCUCUUAUCCCCAUUGCUGUAGGCAAUACAUGCAGCUGCCUCCCAAAACCUUGAUGCCUGCAGCUGAGCCUUGGGAUGCCUUACUCAAAGAGCACCACUCCCUGGUUACCAAGGCCCUGCGUGGCUCUGUGGCCUAAGGAGUGAUACGAUCGCAAUGGCGGGCUUCACAAGCCAUGCAAACACAGACAGCUGUUUUGUUUGUUUGCUUUGAGCGUGCUCUUGUUUUCAUCUCCAGCUUGCUUUCUCUGAGCGUGUUGAUGCAGGAUCCAGGGUGUUGUUACCUGUGUGUGUCAGUGGGAGGGAUGCCUACGUGCACAGCUAGUUAAAACCACCAUAGCAGGAUUGUGUUACCUGUGCAGCCAUUGCUGGCAGCUUUAACUCGUAGUAGGAUUUGCGUAGUGCUGGUGGAACAUCUCUGGUGUUCUUGGGCGACGUGCCUGAAAGAGGAAGGAGAUCUUGCGCACAUGGUGACUGUGAGGCAAGUUUCUACUCUCCUAGGCCUGGGCAGCAUGUGGGCAUGUGCUUUUCCAUAAUGGACGAGCCACCACUGUUACGGUUAUGCUGAUGUAGUCCCUCACAGAGACAGGAUGUGCCAGCCCAAGACAUCCUCUGGUGGGACAGCUGUGAAGGUCCCUUCACCAGAUGAGUGUAGAUGAGGCCAGGGCAGGCUGAGUGCAGUUUCAGGGGAGGUGUGUAACCAUCUUUUUUCCUCCUAGAUCUUAAGCUGUAACAAUUCAAUAUUUCUUUCCUGACUAAACUGAAUUGAUUAUUUUAAAGAAAAUUUACAUGUAUUUCAAAUUUGAG